AAAAACCUGUUACGUUUGCUGUGAUAACUCAAACAUUUUUCACAGAGGGCUUGGCUAAUGCUUCUACCGUCCGUCAACUACUUGGCUAAAGCUUCCACCGUCCAUCAAAUUUUAGUCAUCUAUCAAGGCCAAAGCAAAUCUGUGCAGGAUGCAUAACUUUUCACCAAGCCGAGCGAAAGCUAUCCAAAUCAAAUGGGUAAAUACGCAGACGGACGAUAUCAAACUUUAUUCAGAAGCUACUGGUGACCCAAAGGGCCAUGCCAUAGUAUUUGUCCAUGGAUUUGCUCAGGCCGGUCUGGCGUUCGAUCAUCAAUUUCACGAUCAUGAUCUCACAAACAGGUUUUACAUGGUGCGAUACGACAUGCGUGGCCAUGGCUGGUCUUCUGCUCCUGAUAGCUUGGACGCGUAUAACUCUGAUACCAAGUGGGGUCAGGAUUUGCAGUCGGUCAUUCAGGCAUGGGAUCUCAAAAACGUCAGUCUAGUCGGUUGGUCAUAUGGCGGUGUUGUGAUUAGCGAAUACGUACGAGUUGCAGGUCAAGAUAAUGUUGCCAAUAUGAUCUAUGUCGAUGCUUCUACUUCGAUUGGCAUUCCGGGCCCAAGUACUUUGAAUCCAAAUUACACCGCCAUCUUCCCAACUGUUGUUUCAACCGAUUAUGAAACAAGAAUGCUAGGAUUCAAGAGUUUCGUUGCAAUGAUCACUAAGGAACCGCUGUCACAGGAUACUUAUAUGAAGGCACUUGGAUGGAUGCUUGCGACGAAACCCAUCUGCUCUCAAGGAAUGCGCAAAAGGGUUUCGGACAAUACUGAGACUUUAAAAAAUCUGAGGAAGCCAACUUUAAUCAUUCAGGCUGACGAUGACCGUAUUCAGCUACCGCUUUGUUCCCAAAUGACUUUACAGUUGAUACCCAAUAGUAAAUUAGUUACUAUAGAUAACGCAGGACAUGCUUGCUUUCUUGAUCAACCUCAAGUUUUUAAUCAACUAAUCUCGCAAUUCAUCGGUCAUUAACAUACUGCAGUAGUGGUUUGCUGUCAAUAAAAAGUAGACAAUCGGUCUAUUGGAUGGGGGUCAUCCUGACCUAGCUAUUGAUACUGAAAAACGC